AUGGAUGAACAUAGCAACAACGCAAGGAACUGUGAAGAUGUAUCGAACUCUGAGAAAUCGAUGAGUGCCACCUUUUCGUUUGACAUGCUUGACAUGAUUAUUACGAACAAUGACAAUGGUUACACAAAGCCAGGUGAUAAGAUAAAUUUCAAGAAAUAUGGAGACAAAUACAAUAUGUGUGAUACCGUAGGGAUUGAUAAUGAAAAUAGCCAAAAAGAAAAAAAGAAACAAAAUCAUAAAAAAAAUGCUACAAAUAACAUAACAGAAGUAACGAUUGAUGAGAAGAACCUCUUCGGUGUAUCAUUAGAGGAGGGAAAAAAGUCAAAAGGAAUUGAAAGUGGAAAAAGGAAAACCCCUGUCUAUGAGCAAAGUAAGAAUAGUGAUGAACAAUCAGUUGAUUCCAAAAAGAAACAACAUAAAUUGGAGAUAAAUGAAAAGGGAAAAAAAAAAAAAAAAGAAAAAAAAAAAAUCACCCAUGAUUUAAACACAGGUAUAGAAGCAGAAAACGAUUCGCAAUUCUCACUAUUAGAUGAGUUUAUUCCUGGUGAAGACAUUUAUGGUUUAACUUCUUGCAAACAGGAAGCUUUAAAUGGUGAAGACAUGAUGAAUUACUUGAGUGGUAAUAGCAACGGUAGAAGAUGUAACAGAAGUGAUGACACUUUUCAGUGGUAUGAAAAUCAACUGAAAGAGUGUAGCCUGAAGGAAGAGUUAGCCAAAAUAGAGGAAGCAGAUGAUGAAGUUCUACAUUCAAAGAGCAUCGAUUGUGCAAACUGCAAAUAUUACUUAAAAGAAUUGACAACAAGAAACUUUAUGAAUUUUUCCUACAUGGAUCAGUACAUUAACGAGGGGGAAAAUAACUUACUUUUAUUAAAAAAUAAAAAAAUUGAAGAAUUGGAAAAUGUAAACAAAUUAAUGAAACACAAAAUUAUAAAAUUAAAAAAAAGGUAUAAUUUUCUAAACAACAAAAUGGACACAUUUGUUACUAGCUUGAAUAAUUUGAAGGGUAAUCUUAAUAGAUUAAUAGAAGAAAAUAAUUCAUUAAAGGAAGAAAAUAAAAAGUUGAGUGAAGAUUUAGAACUGGAAAAACAUUUAAGGGGAAAAACCGUAAAGGAAGAUACACACACACAAAAAAAAGACGCUUUUUUUUCAUCACGUCAAAGAAAAGAUAUUUUUGAAAAGGAUUUUGAAAAUUCAAUUGACAACGAACUAUUUAAUGAGUUCUAUUAA